AUUAUGAGAACACAGGCGAGAGUGACGUCAGCGCUCGCUUUGGAUAUAAGGAACGCAGGCGACGAAAAGUGAAUUGAGAAGAUUCUGCCUUAGUAAUGCUUAACUAUAUUCAACUUUUCGCCCUCCUCUCGGCGGUUCUGCUAUGCAGCUGCUUAUCUCUUCCCGAGAGCGAGGAGAAGAGAGCCUUCCAAUCUUGGGCAGGAAAAAGGGCGUUUAACGCCUGGGCCGGAAAAAGAGCGAUGAAUUCAAUUUCCGACCAACUACCGCAGAAGAGGCAACCGUUUCAAGCUUGGGCUGGUAAAAGAGGAGUAGGACUUCAAUCUUUGGACGCACUCGAUGAAGAACGGAAGAGAGCAUUUAGUUCCUGGGCCGGAAAGUGA